AUCGCAUCGCGCCACAUCACAUCAUACAACGCCAGAUCACACCACACCACAUCACACCACGCCACAUCACAUCACGCCAGAUCACACCGCGCCACAUCUCCUCUGCAAGCCUCAAAAGCAAAAGACAACACUGUCCUUCGUGUUUCCUCGUCCCUUUCUCGCUCCACAAGCCCACCUCGUUUUGAUCCACUCCAGACGGCGCCACACGCCUUUAUCGAUCUGCUCCGAACCAUUCAAAGUGGGAUCACCUCGUCACCUCCAACAGCGCCCGCUUCCCCACACACAUCGGCCUCAUUCCAAGCCCCGCUCGCAGACCCUUCGCUGCACAUCAUGUCGAUUUGUCGGAUCACCGGUCGCCAGAUCCUCGACAGUCGAGGCAAUCCCACCAUCGAAGUAGACCUCGUCACUGGCAAAGGUGAGCAUGUUCUCUUUCACGUCCCUCCUCCUCCUCCUCCUCUCCCUUCCUCCUUUUUCUUUUACUAUCUCUCUCUCUCUCUCUCUAUUACUGGUCUAUUCGUCAACUCGACUCCGGAUAGCCGAUCCCGAAGGUUCUGUUCAGCCAUUUCGUCUCGAAAACUUGAUUACUCCGUUGACUCUUUUGUGGAACAUUUUGAUUUCAUACUUCCAACUCGAGAAGACACUAUUUAUGGGCCUCGAACUCGAAAACGCGAUUGCGGAAUCUCUCGACAGGAGAGAUUUUUCGGCGAAUUGGAAAAAGAAACCGCAUUCCGGCGACUAGGCCUCUGGCAACUUGAUUGCAUAGACUCGAGUUCAGUGACUUGCUCUUCCUCCUCCUCCUCCUCCUCAACUCCUUGUCGAACAAUCCCCUUAACUGCCAGAGCGAAAGCAUCAAUUGCUUUGGACAUUUAUGCUCCAACUCUCCGACGUGUGGUACAGAAUGAGGCGAUUCGAGACGAACUACCAACGUCUGUGGGUCAAAUAUUUUCUAAAGAUGAACGUAACAUUGGGGAUUUGAUAAAUGAGCAGUUUGUGUGUGUGUGUGUGUGCGAAGGAGAGAGAGAGACUGGUUGGUACCCCUUUGCCGAUAGGGCCGGUUCCGGUGGCCGCAUCAAAACGCCUCGAGUUGCCGAUUGA